AUGAUGGAAGGAUUGAAAAAACGUACAAGGAAGGCCUUUGGUAUACGCAAGAAAGAAAAGGAUACUGAUUCCACAGGGUCUCCGGACAGGGAUGGCAUCAAGAAAACCAAUGGAGCCCCGAAUGGAUUUUACGCGGAGAUCGACUGGGACAGAUACAAUUCACCUGAGCUUGAUGAGGAGGGAUACAGCAUCCGACCCGAGGAACCAGGCUAUAUCCUUUAUUGUUGGCUUUGCCUCUCGGCUUACAAACCAAAUGCUCUGGGCGGCAGUAAAAGCAAAAUGAGCAAAGAUGGAUUUGCGGCUCCCGCGGUGGUGGCCCAGGCAGGGAAGUUCAACAUCAAGAUCAAGCCUUUGCAGGCUAAAGACAUCCUGAAGAGCGCGGCGACGGUGGAUGAGCUGAAGGCGUCGAUAGGCAACAUUGCACUUUCUCCAUCCCCCGUGAGGAAAAGUCCGCGGCGCAGCCCGGGGACGAUCAAAAGGAAUUUAUCCAGUGAGGAGAUCGCACGGCCCCGGCGUUCCACACCGACGCCAGACCCCGCCAGCAAGAAAGCCGGGGAGGACCCUGCCGCGCUGGCACCGCUCUUUGGGCCCCCGCUGGAGUCGGCGUUCGAGGAGCAGAAGCUGGAUGCGACUCUGGAUCAGCCAGAGAUAUGGGGUUCGGUCGCGCCCGUCAACGCCAGCGUAGAGUCCCCAAAGCUACCGAGACCUUUUCCAACUGGAACGCCUCCGCCGCUCCCACCGAAAAACAUCCCGGCCACGCCGCCGCGCACCGGCUCUCCUCUGACGGUGGGAAUAGGAGGGGACCAGACAGCAGCAGAGCUCAAAAGGGACAAACUUCCAUCCAUCAAUGACUUGGACAGCAUUUUUGGCCCCGUGCUCUCCCCUAAGUCUGCUGCUGUUAACGCAGAAGACAAGUGGGUCAAUUUUUCCGAUCAAUCCCCGGAAAACACGCCUCUGGAGUUGACGCCCCGGGAAAAAGCGGGGUCCCCGCCGGCGGCAGUCGCCGCUCCACCUGGAAGAGAUUUUGGGCUGGGACAAAGAGCGACCCCGCCUCCCCCUCCGCCGCCCACCUACCGGACGGUGGUCUCCUCACCCGGACCGGGCGCCAGCAGCGGCACGGGAAGCACCAGCGGCACCCCGCCACCACCGCCACCACGGCCCCCUUCCCGGCCCAAGUUGCCCCCCGGCAAGCCCGCUGUCGCCGACGUGUCCAGGCCUUUUAGCCCUCCUAUUCACUCAUCCAGCCCUCCUCCGAUAGCACCUUUAGCCCGUGCUGAAAGUACUUCUUCCAUAUCUUCCACCAAUUCCCUGAGUGCAGCCACCACUCCCACCGUUGAGAAUGAACAGCCUUCCCUCGUUUGGUUUGACAGAGGAAAGUUUUAUUUGACUUUCGAAGGCUCCUCGCGGGGCCCCAGCCCCCUCACCAUGGGGGCACAGGACACCCUGCCCGUCGCCGCCGCCUUCACGGAAACCGUCAACGCGUAUUUCAAAGGGGCCGACCCGAACAAGUGUAUCGUGAAGAUCACGGGGGAAAUGGUGCUGUCGUUUCCAGCGGGCAUCACCCGACACUUUGCCAACAACCCCGCUCCGGCGGUGCUCACCUUCCGCGUGCUGAACUACAACCGGCUGGAGCACGUCCUGCCAAACCCCCAGCUCCUCUGCUGUGACAACACGCAGAGUGACGCCAACACGAAGGAGUUCUGGGUCAACAUGCCAAAUCUGAUGACUCACCUAAAGAAGGUAUCGGAACAGAAACCGCAAGCCACCUAUUACAAUGUGGAUAUGCUCAAAUACCAGGUAUCUGCCCAGGGUAUUCAGUCUACUCCAUUAAACCUUGCAGUGAGCUGGCGGUGUGACCCUGCAAGCACUGACCUCCGCAUCGACUACAAAUACAAUACAGAGGCAAUGACCACACCGGUAGCUCUAAACAACGUCCAGUUCCUCGUCCCCGUCGAUGGAGGAGUAACCAAACUUCAAGCCGUGCUUCCUCCUGCUGUCUGCUCUGGCGAGCAGCACCGNNNNUUGUGGAAGAUUCCUGACAUCUCUCAGAAGUCAGAAAACGGAGGUGUGGGGUCCCUGCUGGCCCGAUUCCAGCUCUCGGAGGGGCCGAGCACCCCAGCCCCCCUGGCCGUGCAGUUCACCAGCGAGGGGAGCACCCUGUCCAGCUGCGACAUCGAGCUUGUCGGCGCCGGCUACCGCUUCUCCCUCAUCAAGAAGAGGUUUGCGGCAGGUAAAUACUUGGCCGAUAACUGA